AUGAAGAAGGAUAUCGGUGGUGUUCCCUACGACCAGAAUCUCUUCAAGAGCAUUCGAAGUGAGUUCCCAGCUCUGCGAGGUCUUGAGGAGCGAGGCAUCGUCCUCUGCGAUGGAGCUGCUGGAUCUCAGAUGCACCAGAGUGCUAUCCAGGCCAUGGUCGAGAGUGCGAGCAGGCGGAACUCCAACGUGGGAGGAUCCUUCUCCUUCUCCUCCGACAACCUUGACGCCUUCACGCACGCCCGGCGGACCAUGGGUGCCUUCCUCAACUGCAAGGAGGAGGAGGUGGUGUUCGGCAGCAGCGCGACGGCGUUGAACUUCCACAUGUCUCGGUCCAUCGGCAGGACCCUCGGCAGGGGCGACAACGUCGUGGUCACGUGCCUCGAUCAUGCUGCCAACGUUGGGCCCUGGGAGACGAUGGCGGCGGAGGCAGGAGCUGAGCUCCGACGUAUCAAGGUACGCCACCAAGACUGCGCCUUGGACAUGGACAGCGUUCGCUCUUGCAUCGACUCACGCACCCGCCUGGUCGCCUGCUCCGCCGCCUCCAACCUCGUCGGCGUCAUCCCGCAGGUGCAGGAGGUUGUCAGCAUGGCAAGGGCGCAUGGAGCCCUCUCCUACGUUGACGCUGUCCAUCUUGCUCCCCAUGCUCUCAUCGACGUCCGCCAGCUCGGAUGUGACUUCCUCGUCUGCUCCCCCUACAAGUUCUUCGGCCCCCACCUCGCCCUCCUCUUCCUCCGUGAGGGCCUCGCCCGCUCCCUCCCAGCCUACAAGAUCCGCCCGGCCACCGAUGACCUCCCGUCCUUCUCUAACUGCCAGGGCAGCCGGUGGGAGAUGGGAACUCAGAACUACGAGGGGAUCGCAGGAGCAGCAGCUGCCGUCUCCUACAUCGCCAGCCUGUCGGGGAGGCAGAGGGAGGAGAAGGAGCGAUCGAGGGGUACCCAGGAGCCUCCCUCGGAGGGGUUGAGCCUCCUGCGAGCGAGCCUGAGGGACUCAUACAGUCUCAUCAGCCAGCACGAGUCGUUGCUAUCCGACAGGUUUCUCUCUGGGGUCCGGAGCAUCCCGGCCGUCAAAGUCCACGGACCCACAGCCGACCAGCAUGGCCGCACCCCGACCUUCGCCAUCAGCAUGACGGGAGCAGACGGUCAGCCCAUCCCCCCCCACGUCCUCUGCGAGUCUCUUGUGGAAGACGGCAUCUGGUGCUCCAGUGGGAACUUCUACGCGCUGGACCUGACGGAGACGCUGGGGUUGGAGGAGGGAGGGGGGGUAGUGCGUGUGAGCUUCCUGCACUACAACGUGCUGGAGGACGUGGAUCGAGUUCUGAGGAGCCUGGACAAGAUCUCCAAGAGGAGGAGUGCGAAGGCUCGCACGCAGUAGCUUCCACGUAUCCUCUUUACUCAGAGAAACAUGCAGACUCGAGCUCG